AUGGAUUCCUGUUUUCACGCACUUUGCAUGACUUUUCUCCUGGCGUCGUUCACGCGGAGGACAGGUGCGGUCGGACCUGUUAUCAGAUGCGAGCCGUGUGACAUCGGAGCGCGGCUCCUGUGCAAACCUCUCCCCAAGGACUGCGCCGAGAGGGUGCGAGAGCCGGGCUGCGGCUGCUGCCUGACCUGCGCGCUCAGCUCCGGCCAGCCGUGCGGGGUGUACUCCGGGAGAUGCGGCUCCGGGCUCGCCUGUCAGCAUCAGCCGGGAGAGACCAGACCUCUGCAGGCGCUGCUGGAGGGACGCGGGGUUUGUGCCAACGCUACCGACAAACGACUCUCCGCGAGACCGACUCCUCCGGCCAAUGAACUGCCAGCAGAGAAUAUUGAGACCCAGGACGAGGAGCGGAAUUCCACCGGGUCAGGUCUCCAGACCUCGUACAUCACCAACAGACCCACGGGACCCCUGAAACCUCCACUUCACCCUUUUUUCCCCUCUGCCAAGUCAGAGGUCCUCCGACGGGAGCAGCAGAAGAGAAUCCAGAGCUUUAAGAUGGAGGAGCUCCCGGGACCACUCAUCACAGACCAACAAAACUUCUCUCUAGAGACCAAACAGGAGCCCGAGUAUGGUCCCUGUCGGAGAGAGAUUGAGAGCAUUCUCAGCAGCCUCAAGAUUACAGACAUUCUCAACCCCAGAGGUUUCCGCAUACCAAACUGUGACAAGAAGGGCUUCUAUAAGAAAAAACAGUGCCGUCCGUCCAAAGGCAGAAAGCGAGGCUUCUGUUGGUGCGUGGACAAAUACGGGCAGCCCUUGCCAGGUUUCGAUGGGAAGGAGCGAGGAGACGCCCAGUUCUACAACUCCGAGAGCCAAUAGGAGCGAUGGCAGGACGGAGGGAGGGAGGGAGGGAGGGCAAGAAGAGUUGUAAACAAAUGGAGACACUGAGGAUAUUGGGAGAUAUGUCAAGAGAUGGCUCUGCCGAUAAAUGGAUGUUUGCUAUUUCUCUGGGACCUUUUUUUUUAUGAGGCGGAGCAAGGGGAACAGAGGAAGAGUACCAGGAGGUGGAGGAGAGAAAAAAACUGUACUCUUCUUCCUUGGAUGGACUCUUCAUAUGCUUUUUUUUGUCUCUGACCCAACCAGGACAACUUCUGGGAAGAGGAUGUGAUUUAUCUCAGAGGCCCUCGUUCCGAUUAUGAAAAAACUGAAACAUUUGUCACACACAUUGAUGAGCGUGCUCUUCGUUUACGCACAUUCGAGUGGCAUUGCACACGUGUACAUGCUUGUCAUAAUUUGUAUGCUUGUGAUUUGUUAUAAAGGCGUCGCGUGUGGUCACGACAGCCGUAAAUCGUAUGUAUGAAUAUGUUUUUGGGAGUAAGCAUGCCGUGCCUUACUUUUAUAUGAAUUCCUUUUUUUCCGGUUGCUUCCUGCCCCUCAGGAAGUUGGACUGGACUGUGCAGCUCAAACGCUACAGUGCGUAUCAUUUUUUUAUUUUUUUUAACGCUGGAUCUGAAGCCACAAGAAGAGGGACAUUUCCUUAAGUCUGUACUGUGGUUGUUACUGUUUUUUUUUUAUCACUUUGCAUAAGCUGAACUUUUGGGAUAAAGGCCACAAACCGUUAUCUCUGAUCUUCUCCAUCACUUGCCUUUGUUUGAGUGAAUACGCUGUUUGCAUGUACAAUGCAACCCUCAG